UUGGUGAGUCUGCGUGUAUAUGAACACAGCAGACAGUGAAGAUUCUACAGUCUUCUCCGGUCCUCGAAAUAAACGCCAAAACUUGUCGAUUACUGCCUUGAUGUCAAAAAUGGCGGACCGAACAACACACCCAUCUGUCUUUCAGAAGAUUCAGGGACAAUCUUACUUGUUCUCUCCAGUUUCCCCCAGCAUGCAGUCCAGAAAUGCUGCUCUGCACAGACCGGCUGAUAGAUAUGUGAAUGGACUUCUAAAAGCUCCAUUUUGCUUAGAAAACAGAAGUAUUUACCAACAACUUGCUGCACCACUGUCUCCAGUUUUUGUAAACGCUCCCUCGGAGAAAUCUUUAAGUGGAUUUGUGGUGGAUUUCCUCAUGGGAGGAGUCUCUGCUGCUGUAUCUAAGACAGCUGCUGCUCCAAUCGAGCGUGUCAAACUUCUGAUUCAGAAUCAGAGUGAGAUGAUUAAAGCUGGUCGGCUAUCUGAACCAUAUAAAGGAAUUUCUGAUUGCUUUGCCAGGACUGUAAAGGAUGAAGGUGUUGUUUCUCUCUGGAGAGGCAACACUGCUAAUGUUAUCAGAUACUUCCCCACCCAGGCCCUAAACUUUGCUUUCAAGGAUUACUUUAAGAGCCUGUUUAAUUUUAAGAAGGACGAGAGUUACUGGAAAUGGUUUGCUGGAAACUUGGCAUCAGGUGGUGCUGCUGGUGCUUCAUCUCUUUUAUUUGUUUAUUCGCUGGAUUAUGCCCGAACACGAUUGGCUAAUGACGCAAAGGCUGCUAAAAAAGGCGGGGAAAGGCAAUUUAAUGGUUUGGUCGACGUUUACAAGAAGACUUUGAAGUCUGAUGGUGUAGCGGGGCUCUAUCGUGGAUUCACCAUUUCAUGCUUGGGAAUCAUAGUGUAUCGCGGGCUCUACUUUGGGCUGUAUGAUUCGAUAAAACCUGUGGUAUUGGUUGGUGAGUUGCAGGAUAGUUUCCUGGCAAGUUUCUUACUGGGAUGGGGAAUCACCAUCGGUGCUGGAUUGGCUUCUUACCCUCUUGAUACGGUACGGAGAAGGAUGAUGAUGACCUCAGGAGAGGCAGUCAAAUACAAGAGCUCAAUGGAUGCACUGAAACAGAUUCUUAAGAAUGAAGGAUACAAGUCCCUCUUCAAAGGUGCUGGGGCAAACAUCCUCCGUGCGGUCGCAGGUGCUGGUGCCCUUGCAGGGUACGACAAGUUGCAGCAUAUAGUGUUGGGAAAGAAAUAUGGAUGA